CAAUCUGACAUCUGUUAUUCUGUCUGAGUACUAUCAUCAGGCAAUUCAUGUUUUUGUGCAUUAGAAAUACGCAGUGUUUUAUAAAAUGUUAAAAGUUUAGCCAAUUUAAAUAGAUUAAUAUAUUUAUUUCUAAUUAUUUGUAUAUAAUACCCGUGUAUGUAAUAAUUUUACUAAAAUGAGUUAUCAAGACGAUCCCAGUUGUUAUGUUGGGUCCUUCCCCAAGGACUUCAGUUAUGGGCCUUUCGAGCAAAAUGGAGAUGGUGACAAUACUUCACUGCAGGAAGAUCACAAGCCUAGGAUUCUGCUUAUGGGACUGAGAAGAUCUGGAAAGUCAUCUAUACAGAAAGUGGUGUUCCACAAAAUGUCACCGAAUGAAACAUUAUUUUUGGAGUCAACAAAUAAAAUUGUGAAAGAUGACAUUAACAACAGUAGUUUUGUACAGUUUCAAAUCUGGGACUUCCCAGGCCAGAUUGAUUUCUUUGAUGCAACAUUUGAUUCUGACACAAUAUUUGGAGGAUGUGGUGCCUUGGUCUUUGUUAUUGAUGCUCAGGAUGACUACCAAGACGCUUUGGAUAAGUUACAGUUAACUGUCACCAAGGCAUACAGAGUAAACAGUAACAUUAAGUUUGAAGUGUUUAUACAUAAAGUUGAUGGUCUCAAUGAUGAUUACAAGAUGGAAUCUCAAAGAGACAUUCAUCAUCGGGCCACAGAGGACCUGGCUGAAGCAGGACUGGAACAUGUACACUUAUCAUUUCAUCUGACCUCGAUAUACGACCACUCCAUAUUUGAAGCCUUCAGUAAAGUAGUACAAAAGCUGAUUCCCCAAUUACCAACUUUAGAAAACCUUCUAAACAUCCUCAUAUCAAACUCUGGCAUUGAGAAAGCAUUCCUUUUUGAUGUGGUGUCUAAGAUCUACAUUGCAACAGAUAGUUCUCCAGUCGACAUGCAAAGCUAUGAACUGUGCUGUGAUAUGAUUGAUGUUGUUAUUGAUAUAUCUUGUAUUUAUGGCAUGGUUGAUGAAACUGAAGUGAACACAUUUAACAGUCAAAGUUCCAGUUUAAUAAAGCUGAACAAUGGUACAGUGCUGUAUCUUCGUGAGGUCAACAAAUUCCUUGCGCUCGUUUGUAUUUUGCGUGAAGAAAAUUUCCAAAAGCAAGGUGUGAUAGACUACAAUUUUUUGUGCUUCCGUGACGCUAUAACUCAAGUGUUUGAGUUACGCAACAAAUGCCAGAAUGCUAUAACAUCCAGGGGGACAUCUGGUACUCCAGAGCCAAUACCUAAUGGCGCUGCUGAUUCAACAGAAAGUGCUUCCGACCGCUCACAAACUCAUUUACCAUAGCAUAUCACAGCAACGCUUAUUUUUGCAAACCUAAUACAAUAAUAAUAUGUGUAACUAUAUUUUUUAAAUAACAUUAAGUAUGUGAAUAAAAGAGCAUAAUUAUGUUAAAAA